ACUCCGCUCGGUGAACACGCGCCCGCAUUUCGUGGCAAAACAACAAGCUACCCGCGAUCUCGACUUCGACCUCAGUAACGCCGCCUGAACCACGAGUGAUAGAACUGUAUUUUUUUUAAGUGAGUUUAGAACUUGGAAGAUUUUUUUUACCAAACUUUGUGAUAUCGAGUCGGGCGGGCGGAGGUUCGGGCGCGGCGUUCCGCUGACACAGUGGCUGAGUCUCAGUCGGCCGCAGGUUCUCGGGCAACAAGCACCAUCGAUUUUCUCCAUACGAGUUUACGCGAGUGAUAACAAAAAUGCAUAUUGAAGUACAAGUCGCGCUCAACUUCGUUAUAUCGUACCUGUACAACAAGCUGCCACGGCGGCGCGUCAACAUCUUCGGGGAGGAGCUGGAGAAGGCGCUGAAGGACAAGUUUCGCGGCCAUUGGUACCCCGACAGGCCGUGCCGCGGUUCCGCGUACCGCUGCCUCAAGACUGGCGGGCCCCUCGACCCUGUGCUAGAGCGAGCGGCACGCGAGUCCGGCGUGCCCGUGCGAGAUGUGCUCGAACAUCUGCCGCGGGACCUUGCCGUUUGGGUUGACCCAGGUGAAGUUUCCUAUCGCAUCGGUGAAAAGGGCGCGGUAAAAGUUCUUUUCAGCAGCGACGAAAGAGCGGCCGACGAAAGGACCGACAGAGAGGUAACUCGCGCAUUCAACCCCGAGGCGCAAUGCUUCCGACCCGUGGAGCCUGCGGCGCCGUCGCCACCCGCGCCCGCUGCCUUCUCGCCCGCGCCGCCCUUCCGCGCGCAGCCGCUCACUUUCACCACGGCCACCUUCGCGCAGACCAAGUUCGGCAGCACCAAGCUGAAGACGAGCAGCAAGCGCGCCAACCGCAUGUCGCCCACCGAGUUCAGCAACUACAUAAAGCAGCGCGCCGUGCAGCAGCAGCUGGCGGCGCGCGCUCUGUCGCCGGCUGCCGACGCGGGUGCGUACUUCGCGCGGCGGGAGGCGCCGGCGCACCUGCUGCUGGCCAACUGAGCCCGCCGCUAGCCCCGCCGCGACCCCCGCGACCCGCAACACCCACGCCGCCCCGCGCGCCCAUAGAGUCUUUACUUUUGUACGAAAGAGGCGCGCGCCGCGAUUUACUUUUUUAUUUUCCGCGGGGCCGCCCGCCGCUUGUGAUAACCGUACGAUUUUCCAUAACUUUUUGUAUUCACGUUCGUUACGUCGAUGUGUAAAUUUAUCGAUAGGAGCAAUAAUCUGCCGCGCGACUCGCCGGCGAUUUAUUUUCGUAAUAUUUAAAACGUAAGCCGAGUCGAGUUUUUUGACGUCUUCGUUCGAUAUCGAUAUUUGUAGGGUGUGAGAGCGAGGCCGAGUGGCCGCGCGCGCUCGCCGCGACGCACCUUCCGAAGCGAGCCUCUAUACAUACGUCCUCCGAUCUAAGAAAAUACUGAUAUUUAAUAUGUAUACAUUACAUAUAUGUAUAUAUCUACUCGUACGCGAAACGUCUAAUUUUUCACGUGGAAACGAAAUGCCAAUAGAGAAAUUACGUAUUUUUAAUAUUGAAAUUGAUACUUGUAGCAUAAUAUAUAGUGUAUGUAUGAUGUGUAUGGCAUGGCAUGCGUCGCAGUGGAGUGGAGCAGUGGGCAGGGCAGGGCAGGGCAUGCGCAGUCGGCGUUACGCCACGGCCACGAUGCAUAUCCGCCGGCCGCCCGCCGGCGCCGGCGCUCUCGGAGAUCUCACCUAGUUCUAAUCAUCACUCUUACGAUCGUACCCUUGUAAUAAUUAUAAUAUACAUAAAUAUAGGUCUCGUAAUAUAGCUACGUUUCAAUCUAACAGUAUUUUUUUAAGAAGAUAUUAGUCCUCGUGUACAUCGCCGGCCCCGCCCGGUGGCCGGCCUUAGUCCUUACGGUAUACUUAUUGUAAUAUUGUUAUAAAA